UGAAGUCUCAAAAGCUCCCCAAGUGGACUGAAUUCAAGGCUAAAUCUGAAGCUCAUCGCUUGAGCUUUUUAAGUUAACUAAUCACAAGAAAAAAAUUCAACAAUAGUUUUCUUAUUGUUUGUAUUUGCAAUCAUUGAGCGAGGCAAUCGUACAGCGACGUUUAUUCAACAACCAGGCUCCCGGAGGGAAUUUUGUACAGUUUCCUACAUACCUCGUGGCACUUCACAAACAAAGGCCCGCUGAUUCAGGGUGUUUAAUUCCUCACCUCAUCAGCAAAGUAUUCAAAUUAGGCCCUGGCAACCGCAUUCCCAAAACAAACACUUCAAAACCACUACCCAUUGAAGUUAAAGGAACCGGAGUCGGGCUAGUACACGGUAUCGUGCACAGCUGAGCGGGUUUGAGAGGCCUCGGCAGCGGGUUGGGUUACUGGCAUUCGUCUGUUGUCCAGCACCGGAGACGCUCUUGAGACAAAUCUCAUUGCACCAAAUCGUGCCAUAUAAAAUUUCUACCAAUGCUUAGAAGGAAUCGACAGAAGCAGUACAGACGCCUAUAAUGCACGUAACAAUGAAAACAGCACCACCAUGCCUUUCUUAAUAUACUAACAGUAACAGUGAACACUAAUCCUUUUGCCAUUCCUUCUCACCAGAAGAGCUCAUCUAUAAUUCUUAUAGUUUGUCCUUGAAUUUGAUUUGGCGUGAGAUUAGAAUACUUUGUUGAUUUCAACUGCAAUGCUACCCUCACUGACGCUCAAAACGCUUGGAAUCGGACCUGUAAACUUGAUCCGUGGAAUGUAAACUACCCUCCUGUGCUGUCGCUGUGUCUGUUCUGCUAUCACGCGCACAGACUUAACAGAUUAUGCCGGCUUACAGCUCGCCUACACCCUCGCUAGCCUGGUGUGUUUAGCUUUCUCCGAGGUUCAGCCGAAAUCACACGUUAAUCUAGAUGCCAUCACUUUGAAGCGGUUUCUGUGUGCUGUAUGUUGCGUGACUGUUCGUUUUCUUCAGGCUUUUUCGAAAUCAAACAGACAUGGCGUCCAGCAAACCUGCCAAGGUCAUUGCCACAAGACCCAGGGAGCAAAAAAGUCCAACUCGCAAGACACCGACCGAAAUGGCGCGAAAACCGUCCAGCUCCAUCUUGAAGAACUCCCAGUCGGAGAGGAAGGUGUCCGUGGCAGCCUCGGCCAGGAAGGUGUCGGUGGCGUCGAGCAGUUCCAGCGGCAGAAAAGUGUCAGUGACCACCAAGGCUCGGAACUUGCCCGGGACACUCACCCGCAAGACGUCCAAUUGCUCGGAUCGUUUCAUCGGCGGCCAUUCCGGCCCGGCACCCAGCUUACUGCAAAGACCCCCAGCGGCAUCCUCCUCGGUGGUGGGCUUCAGGCAGCUGCUGGUCACUAAGCGCCUAGCCCGCAACCUGAAGCUGCGGACCGCCCAGCGUAUGGCCGAGCGACGCGGUCGCAGCUUCAUCACCUACAGCGACCGGCCCGGGCGCCGGCGUCCGUCCCCCGGCCAAGACGUCCUUGUCGAGCCGUCAUACCAGGUGCGCCCCCCUCAGAAGUUCGGCGAGUUCCAGGGUGCGAUCAGCGACAUCCUCGAAGAGCUCAUCCCCGAGACCUUGUCUAGGAUGCCCUACGAUGCCUUGGUGUGCAGCAGGCAGGCCAAAUCACUGGCUGGUGAUAUCCAGGAGAGAGUGAAAGACUUGCGCAUCGCGCGCUACAAACUCAUCACCGUGGUGCACAUCGGUGAGAUUCAGCAGCAGGCAAUUCGAGUUUGUAGCCGUGGCAUUUGGGAUGUGGAAGUAGACUCCUUCGUAACAUACCAAUAUCAAAAUGCCUCACUGUACUGCGUAGCAACAGUGUUUGGCAUUUAUCACGAAUAAUAAACCGACACUGUAACAUUGCUCAUUUUGUUACCGGUCCGUUCUACUGAAUUGCAUGGGAAAUGUGUCAAAACGGGACAUUUUGCGUCCCUUCAGAUGAACAAAGGGUCCGUUCAUUUGGUUUUGUAUAUCGUCAGGAUUUCAUCUUAACCAACAAAAUAUGUAGGCACUUCAGUUUUUUCGACAGAAUUUGAGCAUCGUUCAAGGCCAGUGUCGGUUUAUUUCUUAAAGCCCUAUGAGAGAAUGGCAUUAUGGCUUCACUAAAAUUACACAGAAAGUUUGGAAAUCUAUAAGUAGUUUGACGUAACAGAUUAUCUGCUGUAAUUAUUAACGAUAUUCUUGUUUAGUUUCUAUAUUACAUGAUAUCCACACUGCAUUUCAAUUUGCAGAGACUGCAGAAAUUUAACACCUUCGCUACUAAAUGUAUACAUGGGCGUAAAUUCCCGGAGGGUUAUAUACCCCCCCCACUUUUGAGGUGCAUGGGGGACGGGCUAUUGAAUCGUCUCCCUCACUUUUUUGUGAUGAGCAAACAUAUUUAAGCGGAUUGUGAAGAAUUUUCAGGAUUUCCCAACGACUAAAA